AUUUCUCAGAUUGUCACAUUUUGACCUUUGAACUCCAACCUUGGCAUUUAUAAGUGUUGCUUGGGGGCACGCGUACAGCUGUCUGCUUACAAGUUCGUGGUGCUCUUCUACAAUGUACUUCAGCUCGCGCCUUGUCUUCGCUCCGCGUCAGAAACUGCAAAAUGUGGCAGUCACGCUGUGGGCUCGUCAUGGCUCAACUGGCAGAGAACCACUGGCAGAAAGUGACCCAGAGGCAGUCGAGAUAAUACGCAAAGAAAAAUUUCGUCAAACUCAUGGACUAGAACUUAUAGCAUCAGAGAAUUUCGCCAGCCGUGCUGUUUUGGAAGCACUUGGUUCUUGCCUCAACAACAAAUAUUCUGAAGGAUAUCCAGGAGCAAGAUAUUAUGGUGGAAAUGUGUUUAUUGAUGAAAUGGAAAGGCUUUGCCAGAAACGAGCCCUAGAAGCAUUCAAACUGGACCCUGAGAAGUGGGGUGUAAAUGUGCAGCCAUACUCUGGGAGUCCAGCAAACUUUGCUGUGUUCACAGCUGUCCUUCAGCCACAUGAUCGACUGAUGGGGUUAGACUUACCUGAUGGGGGACACUUGACUCAUGGCUUCAUGUCAGACACAAAGCGAGUCUCAGCAACAUCCCUCUUCUUUGAGUCCAUGCCCUAUAAACUGGAUCCUACCACUGGCUACAUAGAUUAUGAGAAACUGCGUGAAACUGCCAGACUCUUUCGUCCACGUCUUAUCAUUGCUGGCACUACAGCCUACUCACGCCUUUUGGAUUACGAGUAUUUCAGAAAGGUAUGCAAUGAAGUAAAUGCUGUGAUGUUAGCAGACAUGUCACACAUAUCUGGCCUUGUUGCGGCUGGAGUCAUUCCAUCACCAUUUGAGUAUGCUGAUAUUGUUUCUUCUACCACGCACAAGACACUUCGAGGACCAAGGUCUGGUAUUAUUUUCUUCCGCAAAGGCAUUAAAGAAAUCGAUAAAAAAACUGGCAAGGAAAUUAUGUAUGACUUUGAAAAGAAGAUCAACAAUGCAGUCUUCCCAGCUUUACAAGGUGGUCCUCAUGAUCAUCAGGUAGCAGGAGUGGCUGUUGCUCUUCUGGAGGCAAUGCAACCUGAGUACAAGGAAUAUCAGAAACAGGUGCUAAAGAAUGCCAAGGCAAUGUGCAGUGCUUUGCUAGCACGUGGAUACAAAGUAGUGUCAGGUGGAACAGAAAACCAUCUUGUAUUAGUUGAUCUGCGUCCCCAUGGAACUGAUGGAGCAAGAGUGGAGCGCGUGUUAGAACUAUGCUACAUCACUGUCAACAAAAACACCUGCGCUGGAGACAAAAGUGCUAUGACGCCUGGAGGUUUGAGGUUAGGGGCUCCAGCACUUACUUCUAGAGGGCUUAAAGAGGCUGACUUUGAACGUGUUGUGGAACUAUUGGACAAAGGAGUGAAGAUAGCUUUGAAUGUGCAAAAACAAACAAAGAGUCUGAAGGAGUUCAAGGCUUAUGUACUUGAAAAUCAUGAUGCCCUGAUGCAGAUGGAAUCUUUACGAUCUGAAGUUCAGAGUUUUGCUGGAAAGUUCAACAUGCCAGGUUUUGAUGAUAGAUGAAAAGUCCUGAUAUUAGGGCUACAUAAGUGACCUUGUCAUUACAGCAUUAGUUCUACGAAUAUACAAAUACCUCAUAAUUAAUGAGUCAGCCUUCAAGUUGCUGUGCCUUCACCUGAGAUUAUUCCCUGCCUCUUCAAUGUGAUUGGAGAACAUAAUUUUGCUGCUGAACAUCUAACAGCCCUUAACAUUUCAGUUACAUUUUAUCAAUAUCUUGAACUUAAAAUAUCUCAGGAAGAUAUUGCCCUUUUCAGCAUUCUAACAUACACAGGAAUGCUCGUCAUGAAAUCUAUUUCUCCACCAAAUAAUCAUAGCUACUCAUUUAUAUUCUGUGAAGAUGUUUCAUAGGAAAUAAUUUUUGAGAUGUGAUCAAAUGAAAUGUUUUCUAAUUUUUCUGUUUUUUUUCCUUGUUGACAAUUUUACUAAUUAACCAUGCAUUGGAGUCAUUUGGUUUUAUGUCUUAUAAGUAUAUAUUUUUCUUUCCCAAACUCCUUAUGUAACUUAAUUAGAAUUUAUGUUGUAUGCUUUAUUCUAACAGUAUAGCAUUUUUCCAUUUGGUUAUUCGGUGAGUUUUUAAAAUAAUUUUAGAGAGGUUGUGCUAUUUUUUGUUUCUUUAUGUUCACACAAGUUAAUGUCUUAUGCAUUUACAUUGUUAAAAUCUCCAUGCCCUUGACAACUUUUCCCCUCAUUCUGUUGAAGCUGAUGAAGUAGCCUCUGUGCUGAAAAGUUAAGUGAGCCAACACAGCUGCGUAUAUCUAUGAGAUGCUAACAUUGUUCAAUCACACUGUGAAUUUUCCCACUUUAUGUCACUUUUAAGUGCCUAAGUUUUCAUCCCUUCUAGAUCAUGCUCAGUUGGCAUGGCUUGGCCAAUUUAAUGUUUGAUGAAUAAGCCAAAACUUAUUCAGUAUUAAAUAUGACUAUGGACAGAAGAUAGUUUGGCAUACAACGAUAAAAUGUUACACAUGCUGAAAUUAUUAUUGGGUUUCAGUUUAGAAAAUAUUAUCAAGCUGUUUGACAAGCUGCUUAUGAGAGGCAAAUAACAAGAUCUGAAGAAAAUGUUUCUACUGUGGAGCAUCCUUUUGCAGUAUUUUUGAUGGAUGAGAUUGUCUAAUUCAGUAUUUAUAUGAGAAUCAGGAUGAAGUGUUUUGUCAUCUAGUCUUAAGAAUUUAUUAUCCAUAAACAAACUUUUGACAGUGGUAUUUUUCUGCCACGAAAAUAUAUGGGUUUUUUUUCAAAAAAGCAAUUUUCUGGUUCAGGAUUUUUACUAAUGCCAUGCUGAUGAGAGAUACAUGUUCUUUCAAAAAUAUGCUAAUGCAUUUUUAUAGAUCAUUUACACUUUUUGUAUAUUUCAUUAAUGUAUCAUUGUUAACCACACAAAGUCUUACUGGUGGUUAAGUAUAUAUAAGAAAAUAUGGUGAUGUGUAAAUGCAGAUUUCUACUUUGUGAUAGCUUGUGAUUUUGAUAUGCUCUGAAUUUUUGCUUGAAACUGGGAUUAUUGGGCCAAGUCAAAUAGGCAUGAUUUUGCUUGGCUGCUUUUGCAUUUUUCUUUUUGCUUGUAAUUUUAAAGAAAGAUAAGUUUUUCUUUUUUAUUUAAGGUUUUUGUUCCUGUACCCACCCAUAAUAUGACAAACAUGAAUACUUUAGUUUUGAUAUAUUGCUGGUUCUGCAUCCAUAAAUUUCAUACAAUUUGUACACCAGUGAGUUACACUAAAAAAUAUUAAUGAGGUAACAUAAUAAGCUUCUUCCACAAAUCUCAAUCUGGCUAAGUUUUUUUUCUUCAAAAGACUGUAUCAUGAUUUCCCCUCUCUAGUGAUAUUAAAAUUAUUUUUUACAUCUGUAUGUACAAUGCAAGCAGCAUCAUGGAGCAGGAAUUUACAAUAUCAGAGAAUGUAUAAAAUACUCUUUUCGUGAGGGUCUUGCUUAUUUAGAACAGAUUUUAUUACUUUUAGAGUGUAACAAUUCUGUAUAUUUUUUAUGUUGAGAGAGGAACUGAGGUCUCAGCUACUGUUUCUUUGUUCAAUGAAGGCUUGAAAAUGUCA